AUGGCGUACGAGGGUGUCUUAAUACAUACCACGAAUAUAUAUAUGCAUGCGUAUCAUGCACAAGAAUUAGAGCGAAGAUUCGAGGCAUAUUUUGGCUCACUUUGGACACAUGCAGAACUUUUGAACAGACUAAGAAAUUUACUAAGCCAGCUCGCACAUGACAAUUUUGGCUUCAACUUUCGAGAACGUGUGGGUCCUCUUGUGUUUUGCAUCGAACACUGCUGUGUUAGCAUGGGAGCCACAGCCGCCAAAGCCGUACCAAACUCUUAA